CCUACAACCACUACCCAACACCUACAUAUUUGACGGAACUCACAGGAACGCAUGCCUUUUCCCACCAUCUACCAUGUUCAUCGCAAUCUCCCACCAUGAGGCCUGGGAUUCCAGUUGUCGUGUUGUGGCAUAGCAGCGACACCCAGCAGCGGCCGGGAAGUUGGCAUCCGUGUCAACAACAUAGCGAUGAUAUGAAGCAGUAACAGCAGCGACAACAACAAUAACAACAUGGAGAAACUCACCUAUAAGUAUCCCCAGAUCUGACCAGACUGAGAACUAAUUCCUUUCUUCCUCACCAGCCUUCAUCUCCUCCACCAGUCUACAUCAUCAGGACUUCAGUCUCUCUCUCUCUUUCCAAAGAAACCACCAAAGCCAAACUAAACCAAUCCUUACCAAAUACCAACGUCACACUCACUUCACUUCACUUCACUUCACUCCUUUUUUUUUUCAAAAUGAAGUCCUUCGCCCUCACCACCGCUCUCUCCCUCGCCAUGGCCGGCUCCACCCUCGCCGUGCCCAUGAUGCAACAAGGCCACGCCAUCGCGCACAUCAACGCCGAGGCCCUCAAGAACAACCUCGCCAUGGCCAAGGCCAACACCAACAUGAACACCAAGCGCCAAACCACCCCCGCCACCUCGCCCGCCGCCUCCGUCCCCGCCGGCACCGUCCCCUCCGUCGCGCUCACCGACCUCGACCGCGUCGUCUCCAGCGUCGGCGUCAUCGUCAAGAACGCUCAGGACGACUUCCAGAAGAUCGACAUCAAGGACCCCCAGGGCAUUACGGGCAUCCUCUCCCAGCUGCUCGGCAACGUCACGCAGACGGUGCAGCAGGGCACUCGCCGCAUCAAGGCCAACCAAAAGGCUGCCAUCCUGCCCGUUGGCGCUGGCUGGGGCGUCGCUGGCGGUGCGUACCCUCUUGGUGUGCUUGGUGGCCAUCCCGGAGGCCUCGGCGGACUCGGCGGUCUCCUGGGCGUCACCGACGGUCUCGCUGGUUUGACUGGUGUCACUGGCCUGUUGAGCAGCUUGUUGAACACCGUUACCGGUCUGCUUGGUAACCUCUUGCAGCUCGGUGGUGGUGAUGCCACCAGUGGCAGUGGCUUGGACGCGAACACCCUGGCCAGCUUGGCUAACCUCCAGGCCCUCCUCUCGCUUAGCGGCGGCCUGACUGGUGGUGUGCCCCUUGGUACUCUGCCGCUUGGCGACUUGAGCAACCUCGCUGGUAUCUUGAGCCCGGAGCUCCUCAACCAGUUGCUUAGUGGUACUGCUACUGGCAGCCCGCUGAGCGUCAUCGAGUCGUUGUUGGAGGCUGUUCAGGAGCUGCUUAGCUCUGUCCUCUCCGGUUCUAUUGGUGUGACUGCUGGCAUCACUGGCGAUCUCGGUGCUGAUGCUUCCACUUCCACUUCUGAUUAA